AUGAUUCGCGCAGGUGCUGCAAGAGCCCUCUACGCAGUCACAAGGACCCAGGUUCCCCGACAACUACCUGUUUUCCGAUCUCAGAUCACUUCCUCUCUUCUGCAGUCCUCUCGAGUAACUCCUUCAUUCGUCCUCCCCAGCAUACGAUGCUAUUCCGCGCCUGCGGGACUCUCCAAAGAUGAGGUCCAAGGACGGAUAAUGGACCUGUUGAAGAACUUUGACAAGGUCACAGAUGCAUCAAAGAUUUCCGGCACAUCACACUUCCAGAACGACUUGGGAUUGGACAGCUUGGACACCGUCGAGGUGGUGAUGGCAAUUGAAGAAGAAUUCAGCAUUGAGAUUCCGGACAAGGAGGCCGAUGCUAUCCACAGUGUCGACCAAGCCGUCGCAUAUAUUUGCGCUCAGCCCGACGCCCACUAG